GCGCGUGCACUUCGCGGCUCUUUUAUACAGGCCCAGCUACGCCAUAUGACUCCAAGCAAAGCUAGGGUUCUGCGCUUCCUAACGUGUGUCACCGUUACCGCGAUCAUCGUCUCGGUUAUCUGCAUCGCAUCUCCAUGGUUCCGCAGCGAGUGUAUACAUCUAGGCGGUACGGUGCGCACCUCCCUGACCCGCGGAACAUGGUAUACCGCACUCCUUGUAUUCGCUACCUUCCUUGCAUUCAGCCUUGUAGGGGAGCGACGACGGCGUGAGUUCGAGGAGAGGGAAGGAGAUAGGGCUUGGUUCAAUUGGGUGUGGGAUAGCCCGCGAUGGAUUGUGGUCGCUGGGCUAUGCGAACUGUUUCUGUUGAAGGCGGUGCCGUUUGGGUUUUGGGGGGCUGCAGAGGGGAGGUCGUUGCAGGAGUGGCCCAACAAGAAUCACCUGAGACGAUUGCUGCGCAUGGGGAUCAUUCCUCUGCAUAUUCAGGAGGGCGGAUUGGAAACGAGAAAUGAGGAAGGGGGAUGGUACGUGCAAAGCAAAAAGCAGGCUUGUUUUUCGUUCAUGGUGCCUGAUGAAACUGAGGCCCGGAAUGAGCAUCAACUUGACAGGAUUUUGCUAUACAACGACUUGGUCAAAGCGAUUCGCCGAAAUGGUAGAGGGUACAGGGUGUGCGUGUCCAAGAGACUCAGAAAUGGAUCCUCCCCGAGACCACUUGAGCCCCCGCGGGAUGGAGACGAGCACCUUGAGGUGGGCGCUAGCUCUUGGACUGAGCUUUCCCUGCCAUUUCAAAAAGACACAGUGCUCCAGGAAGCAAAAGGUUCUCAAGACGUUUUCGAGGACCUCACCAAGGAACAGGUCCCUCGCCUGCUUCUUGGGAACGCAUACUACCGUGUCAUAGUGAGAGGGGAGGCACCUGGUUAUGAAAAGGCCCGGUUGGACCAGUGGGUGUGUGAGUUGGCAGAUGAUGCGGGAGUGGAAGAAAUCUGGGAUGCUGACGAGAUGCGCUCACGCACGGUGAGAUGGUGCAGACAUUUGAGUUUGAAGGUGCCGCGUCAACUGCGACCACCUCCCAGACCAUGA